GCAGUUAGGAUCCCAAGAUCUAGUCCACGUGAUAUCCACGGAGAAGCUUGUGGUGGGAUUUUUCGAGCCAGAGGAUUGUGCCUUGGUCCAAUUCGCGUCUACGCUCUAUAACACCAGUAUUGUCACCUGGAACUGUCCUCAGAUGUCCAGGGAUUUUGGAGACAUGACCAAUUACAGAACUUUCAGUCCAUCAAUAUUGGCUAUAUCUAAGGCAUUUGUAGCUUUGGUAGGAGGUAUGCAGUGGAAAUCAGUGGCAAUCAUCUCCAGCAGAAGAGGCUGGUGGCCAGUGGUGGCGCAAUCCAUAGACCUCAGUCUGAGGGAGGUGGGCAUCACCCCCCGUCACUCCCUAAUCAUCGGGGGCAGCGCCACCGCCAGACAGAUCGAGAACAAGUUGCGAGUCCUGAAGAGGCACUCCUGCACAGCUAUUGUCCUAUGCUUCCCGGCCGACGAUUCAGGAAAGACAGUCCUCCAGUCAAUAGACGCCCUACACAUCGCACAGGACCACAGAACAGUCACAGUCCUGAUGGACACAGCCAACGUUCCCUCCUGGCAACAAGUCCUACGACUCGUCCCCUCCUACGAUUACUCGUCUCCUGACAACCUCACCGCUUUCUCCACCGACAUCGUAGGUCCAACGACCCGUAGUCAUCUCCUAGUGUUCAGCGACAAUUCGAACUACAACAAAACCUCGCGUGACGUCAUCGUAGACCACCUCAAAUCCUCCCUCUCCGUCUGUGAUCCUAUAAUAAGCCCCACCCCCGCGCGAAACGACACGAUCGGGCGUUUCCGUCGAGAUUCGGACCUUGAAGAGUUCUACGUUACCGACCUGACGGCCAACGAUAGCCUGCGCCUGCUCGUGAGGCUCAGGCGCGAGGAGAACUCGUCCAACUAUGACCUUGUGAAGGUGACGGACAACUUGGAAGAGUGGAAGGUGAAGCACGCACGCGCGGAAGAAUGUGAGGGCUGUGAGGGGGAAAUCGCGCAAAUUGUGAGUGUGUUGCUGAUACUGGGGUGUUCUUGUUUGUUCCUGGUGGUACUGAUGGGAGUUGCGACGUUCGCGAGGAACCAAUUGUUGAGGAAGAAGGUGAUGAAGGGACCGUACAAGGUGAUCUUGACGGCCACGGAUUUCGUGUUCCCUAAUAUUUCGGAUGCCCGAAGGGUGGAGGAAGGAAUCGAGGCGAUGCUCUGCUGUUGGCUGCAACAGAUGCAGGAGUUCGGCCUGCCCAACAUCGAGAAGCCGGAUCUCCUGCUGGGAGGCAGAACCCCUUUACGUGCAGGGGGCUCGAGCCCCAACCUGGCAAGACAGAUUAUCGUCGACCCCCGCGUGAGGUACAACGGCGAUCUGGUCCAAAUGAAACCCGUGCGCCAGGCCGGCGAGAUCAAAGACAAGGCCAUCGAGCUGCUGAUCGUGUUGCACGGGCUCAGACACGAGAACCUGAACCCGCUGAUCGGGUGUCUCGCCGAACCGCCGAGGGCAGCGCUGGUGUCGGAGUACUGCGCCAGGGGAUCGUUGCAAGACGUGUUGCAACAGGACGACAUCAAGCUGGAUUGGUCCUUCAGGCUGAGUCUACUCACGGAUCUAGUUAGGGGUAUGAAGUAUCUUCAUUCAACUCCCAUCAAAGUUCAUGGUUACCUCACAUCCAGAAAUUGUGUCAUUGAUGCCAGAUGGGUCCUUAAGAUCGCAGAUUAUGGCCUUCCGGAUUUCUACGAAUCCCAAGGCAUCCCGCCACCAACCAAGACAGCCAAAGAGUUGUUGUGGACCGCUCCCGAGUUGCUGAGGCAUUCUAGCCUGAGGAAGAAGGGGACGCAGCCAGGUGACGUGUACUCCUUCGGGAUCAUCCUUCAGGAGGUUGUGGUGCGUGGCGAACCCUUCUGCAUGUUGGCAUUGACGCCUGAAGAAAUCAUAGAGAAGGUGAAGAAACCCCCACCCCUGAUUCGACCUUCGGUCAGCAAGGGCGCAGCUCCCCCCGAAGCAAUAAACAUAAUGCGACAGUGCUGGGCAGAACAGUCAGAUAAGAGGCCAGAUUUCAACGAUAUCAAUGACCAGUUCAAGAAGCUGAACCACGGCAGGAAGGUGAACAUUGUGGACACCAUGUUUCAAAUGCUUGAGAAGUACUCCAACAACCUGGAGGAGCUUAUUAGGGAAAGAACGGAACAGCUUGACAUCGAGAAGAAGAAGACGGAACAGUUGCUCAACAGGAUGUUGCCCAGCUCGGUGGCCGACAAACUGAAGAUAGGCCUGCCGGUGGACCCUGAGGAAUAUGAUGAGGUCACAAUAUACUUCUCGGACAUCGUAGGAUUCACCACCAUAUCUGCCCACUCUACACCGUUUCAGGUGGUCGACCUUCUGAACGACCUGUAUACCUGUUUCGACGCCACGAUAAACGCUUACAACGUCUACAAGGUGGAGACGAUCGGCGACGCCUAUAUGGUAGUCGGAGGAUUGCCUGUAAGGAUUACAGAUCACGCAGAGCAGAUCGCCACGAUGGCCCUGGAUCUGCUCCACCAGAGCGGCAAGUUCCGGAUCAGACAUCUGCCCUGCACGCCCCUCAAGCUACGCAUAGGGCUGCACACGGGCCCCUGCUGUUCGGGCGUCGUGGGCCUCACCAUGCCCCGCUACUGCCUCUUUGGCGACACCGUCAACACGGCUUCUAGGAUGGAAUCAACAGGAGCGGCCUGGCGCAUCCACUUGUCCGAGGCCACCAAGGUUAAGCUGGAAAAAGCAGGAGGGUAUCAGCUGGAGUACAGGGGCCCUACGGAGGUGAAGGGCAAGGGUACGAUGCACACGUACUGGUUGCUCGGCAAGGAAGGUUUCGACAAGAAGCUGCCUGAUCCUCCCCCGGUCGAGGAAAGUCAUGGACUGGACGAGAGUCUCAUCAUAAACCAAGAACAGAUGUUGAAGACCUCGUCUUUCGAUCCACCAGAAAACUCUGCGAGCAGCUUGGCAGCGUCGAAGGAGUCCCUGAAACCACCGGAUGACCAACGACAUGCUAAGAAAGUGGACACAAAUCCUUCCUUCAUCAAGUCGAUGGAAUCGUCCAAGUUUUCAAGUUUGGCCUCCGCCAAAGCCUUGGAAGAGAAUGUUGGACAGCUGGCCGAGAUCUACGCCUCCAAGCACAACUUGAGCAUGAUCAAGAGCACCUCCAGCGACACUCCCAUGUCUUUGGGCACCCCUGUGUCCGCCAGCGAGGUGGCAGCCGCUCUUCUGGGCGCCUCCACGUCCUCCUUGUCCUGCGGCUACAGGAGGAGGAGGAGAGUGGAAGAUGAGGAUCUCAGCACGCCGUACAACCAUUACAAGUGCCUGAGUCCAAAGCACAGGUCGGGGAAGUUGCUGAGAAGACAGUUCAGCCUCGACAGGACGGAGGAGUCGAGACAUGAAGAUUACUUGAGAGUGAUGAGCCCGAAACUGUGCAAGCAGAAUUCAGCCGGAGCCGCUGAUCUGGAGAAGAUCGAGGAGAUACCGCUCAGACCGACGAAUCUUGCGACACCAACGACCAGCAUCUCCACCCUGCAGGGAUCUUUUUCCAUAUCGGUGGACUCUCUGCUGCACUGAGCCUGAAGGAGAGGUGUAUGCAUCUUUUCUCUGUGUCCUCAACUAUGAAACGGGGUUAGAGCUGGAUUUGUUCCGGAUGGAAGUUACGGUAGGUC